CUCGGGCUUUGUGAGCGAGGGCUGCGACCUGCUAGUCUGGGCUGGAGAGGAUCGCAGCUGGCCCUCCUCUGCGGGCAUAGGUGAGGCGGCUGCGAGCUCGGCUGGUCUGGAAUCUCCGAUGGCUCUGCCCUGCCCUGCUUGGAUGGAGGCCUCCAGAGAGGAGUAAAGAACGGCUGUCGAACAAGGCCACCUGCAAGUGAACCAUCCACAUAGAUGUGGAGCUACUUUAUGUUAACUGUUUCAGACUGUGAAUCAAGGUUGAGAACAAGACAUUAUUUCUGAAAAAGGAUAUUUAUGGAAUAGAAUCAUCCUGAUGGGAGAUAAUGGAAAGACUUACAAAACACAGCAUUGAGUGUUCAAGUUUCAGAGGUGAUUGGAAAUGUAAAAGCCAGUUUGAGAGAAAACAGGGAUCUCAGGAAGGACAUUUCACUGAUAUGAUAUUUACUCCAGAAGAUAUGCCCACUUUCAGUACCCAGCAUCAGAGAAUUCAUACUCAUGAGAAACUCCUUGAAUGUAAGGAAUGUGGGAAGGAUUUUAGUUUUGUAUCAGUCCUUAUUCGACAUCAGCGAAUCCAUACUGGUGAGAAACCUUAUGAGUGUAAAGAAUGUGGCAAGGCCUUUGGUAGUGGUGCAAACCUUGCUUACCAUCAAAGAAUACACACUGGUGAGAAGCCUUAUGAAUGUAAGGAAUGUGGGAAGGCCUUUGGUAGUGGCUCAAACCUCACCCACCAUCAAAGAAUUCAUACUGGUGAGAAACCAUAUGAAUGUAAGGAUUGUGGGAAAGCUUUUAGUUUUGGAUCAAGUCUAAUUCGACAUCAGAUAAUACACAGUGGUGAAAAGCCUUAUGAGUGUAAGGAAUGUGGGAAGUCCUUUAGUUUUGAAUCAGCCCUCACUCGGCAUCACAGAAUUCACACAGGUGAGAAACCUUAUGAAUGUAAGGACUGUGGGAAAACGUUUGGCAGUGGUUCAAACCUUACUCAACAUCAGCGAAUUCAUACUGGUGAGAAACCUUAUGAAUGUAAAGCAUGUGGAAUGGCCUUUAGUAGUGGUUCAGCUCUUACACGGCAUCAGAGAAUUCAUACUGGUGAGAAGCCAUAUAUAUGUAAUGAAUGUGGGAAGGCCUUUAGUUUUGGAUCAGCCCUUACUCGACAUCAGAGAAUUCACACUGGUGAGAAACCUUAUGUAUGUAAGGAAUGUGGGAAGGCUUUUAAUAGUGGUUCAGAUCUAACUCAACAUAAGAGAGUUCACACUGGUGAGAAACCCUAUGAGUGUAAGGACUGUGAGAAAGCCUUUAGAAGUCAUUCAAAGCUUAUUCAGCAUCAAAGAGUGCACACUGGUGAAAAACCUUAUGAAUGUAAGGAAUGUGGAAAGACUUUUAGUAGUGGUUCUGAUCUUACUGAACAUUGCAGAAUUCAUACUGGUCAGAAACCCUAUGAAUGUAAGGAAUGUGGAAAGUCCUUUAGCAGUGGGUCAGCUCUUAAUCGCCACCAGAGAAUACACACUGGUGAGAAACCCUAUGAAUGUAAGCAAUGUGGGAAGGCUUUCCGUAGUAGUUCUCACCUUACUCGGCAUCAGAGAAUUCAUACUGGUGAGAAGCCAUAUAUAUGUAAUGAAUGUGAGAAGGCCUUUACUUUUGGAUCAGCCCUUACUCGACAUCAGAGAAUUCACACUGGUGAGAAACCUUAUGUAUGUAAGCAGUGUGGGAAGGCUUUUAAUAGUGGCUCAGCUCUCACUCAACAUCAGAGAAUUCACACUGGUGAGAAACCCUAUGAGUGUAAGGAAUGUGAGAAAGCCUUUAGAAGGCGUUCAAAGCUUAUUCAGCAUCAAAGAGUGCACACUGGUGAAAAACCUUAUGAAUGUAAGGAAUGUGGAAAGACCUUUAAUAGUGCUUCUGAUCUUACACAACAUUGGAGAAUUCAUACUGGUCAGAAACCCUAUGAAUGUAAGGAAUGUGGGAAAGCCUUUGUUAGUGGCUCAAAACUUAUUCAACACCAGCUGAUUCAUACUGGUGACAAACCCUAUGAAUGUAAAGAAUGUGGAAAGUUCUUUAAUAGUACCUCAGCUCUUAGUCGGCAUCGGAGAAUACACACUGGUGAGAAACCCUAUGAAUGUAAGCAAUGUGGGAAGGCUUUCCGUAGUAGUUCUCACCUUACUCAACAUCAGAGAAUUCAUACUAGUGAGAAACGUUAUGAAUGUAAGGAAUAUGGGAAAGCUUGUGGGAGGGGUUCAAGCUUUCAGCAGUAUAAGAAAAGUCAUAAUGGUGAGAAGCUGUGUGAAUUGGAAACUCAAUUUAAAUUAUGUGAUAAGGAUGGUUUUCAACAGAUUACAUAAGAAAAUUUGCAGUGGUGAAAAUCUCUACUAAUUAAGAUACAAAAUGCCUAAUUUGUACAUCAUAGUUAGCCUAAGAGAAAUCAUAGAAAAAAAUGAAUAAAAAUAUUUAGAGAUUUUUAUCUACACUAAUUCUUUCAUUACUUUCGGAAACUUCAUAGUUGUGAAUGGUAACAAUGAAAAAAAUACAUUGUAUUUUUGGCUUUAUUUUAAACAUUGAAGAAUUCACUUUUGAGUUAACCCUGCUAAUUUUUUAAAAAUCGUUUAAUUUUCAUGUGUAAUAUACAGAUUACUGAUCCAUAUUAAAACACUUUAUUAAGUCUAAAUUCAUCUUUUUUCUCCCAAUUCUCAUCC